AAUUGGAUCGUGUGGUGAGUGAAAACUGCAGUGCACGCUUUACAACAUGCUGCCUGCUAUGUUAGUCCCACCAACUCAAUUGUAACCGCAGCCAUACGUUUUCCCCAGGCAAGAGUUCAGAUCUCAAAAGCAUCUAACAGGUGAGGAAUCAGGGCAGGAACCAUGAUGGCAGCUACUCACCCAGCGUUGUACUGUACUUGACAUUUCAGUGUCUGUAUGGGGUAGUCUUCAACUCGUCUCUGGCCUAUAAAAUACAGAAGAAGAACGGGGCUGUGUUGAAAAGAGCGAGCCUCUGGCGAAGUUUCAGUGGUAGGGGUAAUACCAAUUUGCCAGUAUAGAAUAUGGAGCGGGCUCGUGAGGUGGGAGAGACUGGACGGGAAGCUCGCCAUGGUGUGCUUCAGAGUGGCAGUGACACUGGAGAUCACAAAGACAAAACUGUCGAGCUCGAAAAAGAUGAGCAAUUCCAGGGGCAGCCAAAAUGGAGGAAGUUCUUGGCUCAUGUUGGACCUGGAGCUCUUGUGGCCAUUGGCUUCCUGGAUCCUAGCAACUUGGAAACUGACAUGCAAGCUGGGGCUGACUUCAAAUAUGAGCUUCUUUGGGUGGUCUUAGUUGGAAUGAUCUUUGCACUUUUGAUCCAAACACUAGCUGCCAACCUUGGAGUAAAGACAGGGAGACAUCUUGCUGAACUCUGCAGGGAAGAGUACCCACGUUACGUCAACAUUUGCUUGUGGAUCAUCGCGGAGCUUGCAGUGAUAUCUGAUGAUAUCCCUGAAGUGUUGGGCACAGCCUUUGCAUUCAAUAUACUGCUUAAGAUUCCAGUGUGGGCUGGAGUUAUCCUCACAGUAUUCAGCACCCUCUUGCUCCUUGGGGUGCAGAGAUUCGGGGCCCGCAAAUUGGAGUUCAUUAUAGCUGCUUUCAUGUUCACCAUGGCGGCUUGCUUCUUCGGAGAGUUGAGCUACCUGAGGCCAUCCGCAAAAGAAGUCGUCAAGGGCAUGUUUGUUCCCUCGCUCCAGGGAAAGGGCGCUGCUGCUAAUGCAAUUGCCCUAUUUGGCGCUAUCAUCACACCGUACAACUUGUUCUUGCACUCUGCCCUUGUCCUCUCAAGAAAGACGCCACGAUCAGUUAAAAGCAUCAGAGCUGCUUGCAGAUACUUCCUUAUUGAGUGUAGCCUUGCAUUCAUAGUGGCAUUCCUAAUCAAUGUUUCGGUGGUCGUUGUCGCGGGAACCAUCUGCAAUGCAGACAAUCUUUCUCCAACCGAUUCAAACACGUGCAGUGACCUUACUCUGCAGUCCGCACCUAUGUUGCUCAGGAACGUUUUGGGGAGAUCGAGCUCUGUGGUGUAUGCUGUUGCACUGCUAGCUUCUGGGCAGAGCACAACGAUUAGUUGCACAUUCGCUGGGCAGGUUAUCAUGCAGGGGUUUCUGGACAUGAAGAUGAAGAACUGGGUACGGAACCUGAUCACACGAGUCAUCGCCAUUGCCCCAAGCCUCAUUGUCUCCAUUGUCAGCGGUCCGUCUGGUGCUGGCAAGUUGAUCAUCUUCUCAUCGAUGGUGCUGUCGUUUGAGAUGCCGUUCGCGCUCAUCCCUCUCCUCAAGUUCUGCAACAGCAGCAAGAAAGUAGGACCCCUCAAGGAAUCCAUCUACACGGUGGUGAUCGCGUGGAUCCUGAGCUUCGCGCUCAUCGUGGUCAACACCUACUUCCUGGUGUGGACCUACGUGGACUGGCUGGUGCACAACCACCUUCCCAAGUACGCCAACGCGCUCGUCUCCAUCGUCGUCUUCGCGCUCAUGGCUGCCUACCUCGUCUUCGUCGUCUACCUGACGUUCAGGAGGGACACGGUGUCCACGUACGUGCCGGUGUCGGAGCGGGCGCAGGGGCAGGUGGAGGCCGGCGGCGCGCAGGCCGUGGCGUCCGCCGCCGACGCCGACCAGCCGGCGCCGUUCAGGAAGGACCUGGCUGAUGCUUCCAUGUAGACUGCCUAUGCAGGUCUUGCUUCCAUGCUGAUGCUGCGUACUCGUUGUACUAUAUGUUAUGGCUGAUGUGUCCAUUGCCGUCUAUAGAGCUUGUGCUGUUGUGGUUAAUUCUUUU